UAACAGCUUGCUGACAAUUUUUACUCUCUAAAAAGCAGAAGUGAUUUAGCUUGACCUUUCAAAAAUAUUUAACUAUGGCCAAACCUGGAAAAUUUCAGCCCCAAACACAGAGACUUCAGAAUAUAAUGAGCCUAUGAAGCUAAUAUGGAAUGGAUACUGUUUUGCAGCUGCCUUGUCUUAAAUUUAUACAGCUCAGUUUGCCACAAAGGAUUUCAAAAUCAUUUACAAAUCUGGGCUCUCUUUGGAAAUCUCUCAUCCAGCUACGACCCAGCUUAGCUUCAAAGAGAUGGCAAGAUCACCAUGCAAAACAGAAUGACUCCAGAGUCAAUUAAAGGUCUUAUCAAUUACCACUACCAUUUAUAAGAUUAAAACCCACACUGAACUUGAACAGAUCAAAUGGAGUUUGACACUUGACUAUUAACUGGAUUUGAGCAAAGUCUUCCAAAGUGGCAAAGUAUUAUUCAUAAAACUUGUGUCAAAACUACACCACCUGUUUUUUCUCUCUCUACAUGUACUUUUAUUAACUCUUAUUAACAGCCAUAAAAAGUAAAUUUUCAAAAGAUAUUAGAUAUUCAAUAGAUAUUAAAUGAUUAAAAUAUCUUCAAAUUGAACAGAUACUAAACACAAUAAGGGUAUCAAAGUGUUACAUUUAAACAAUGACUUUAUUUCCUGAUACACACAGAGUCUAAUAAAUAAAAUAAUGGUUAGUAUGUUACAUAUAGUAGCAGAAAAGAUUUAGCAGAGUAGCUCUGUCAACUGGGGAUACAGAAGUAGGGGGGCAACAAGUAGAAUCAACAUGUUAUUUACAUCAACAAGCACAAAGUAAUAUUAACCAAUAACAAAUAUCACUAUAGCAGUGUUUCUCCAGUAGCUAUAAAUAAUUGCUAAUAUAUCUAUUGGGAGCAGUAUGGAUAUAGUCUUAACAAACAAAGGCACAGAGAAUCAUUUUCACAAAAGGAUAUUUGACUUCGCUGUUAACGGGCCAAAGCAACAGACAUCUGCUUGCUGACUGAAAAAUACACUCUGAGAAAAAAAAAUCAUAAUCUCCAAUUUCCAUGUUCAAGCUAAAAAAGAGUUGAAUCUCUACCUUGCUUUGGAAUGUGUGCUGCAUACACUACUCUCCAUCUCCUGCACACUCCCUAAGGAAAUACACAAACAUUUGUACAGCUUUCCUUUUCCUCUCCCCAGCUGCAAAUGUUUAAAGGGGAAAACCUUUUAAAAAAAGGUAAUUUCAAAUGAAUCUUUAAUCUCAGCUUCAUACAGAAAAAUGAGACAGCCAUUUAAUUCAAGUAUACUCUGUCAAUGUUUUCUCCCAUACUGAAGUGUUGCUAAGCUAUAGCAUUAUGUGAUAUUCAAAGAUCUUUAUGGGCACACUGGCCCUUUGUUUCACAUGGCAACAGAAUUGUUUUGAUUAAAUAUAAAAUAAUGUAUGAAAUCUAACCUUACUGGUAAUUUUACAUAACCAAAGUAAUAAAUGUAUCUUUUCUCUAAAAUAGUUUCUAAUCGAUAGUAAGGGAGAGACUUAUAAAUAUCAAAGGACACAAAACCUAAUAAAGGCUAGAUUUUUUGCCUUGCUAAGGACAGCUGAAUGAACACAAAAAUAGUUUUCACUAUAUGCUAAACCAAUUCAAUCAGAAAUGCUUUGUCAUAUCACUUUGAAACAUUUCCUGAUAAAAUGUUAAACCACUGUGGGUUUUUAUACAUAAGGCAUACUCGGUCAUCAGUUUUCAGCUAUCUUCCAUCAAAUAGAUUAAGUAUCAAACAGUAACAAAUAGCUUUUUUGUAAAGGUAGUAUGUAAAACCAAAAAUUCCUUAAAAAAUAAAAAAGGAAAUAAAGCUACUACUACAACAACACACUCAGUGGUAAACAUUCUUUAGCAAUUCCACAUUAUAAACACAUUUUUAAAGCAAAUAUAAAAUUUUAACUGGUCAGUUAAAAAGGUAUUGUCCAUUCUGCACAUAGCAAUUCAAAAUGUUAUUUUAAAAUAAUUUAAACCUAGUAGACUUCAAAGAAAAGAAUUAAAACAGCGUUUACAUCCAUCCUCUCCCCUUACACAGUUAAAUGCAAAUUCCCCUUUACAGCCGUACUCCUGAUAUCUCACUGCAUACAUAGCUGAUACGCCACCUACUGCAAAACUGAGCUGACAAUCCAUGCAAUGCCAGCAGCACUUCCAUUCCAUCACCGGGGCUGGAGCUGAAUAAAGGUGCUUUUAAAAUAUCUCUUUACAAGCACACAAGAACAAGGCAAGAUAGCUAUCUUUUUCUCUUGGAUUUAAGAAUGGAGCGAAAAAUAAACAGAAGAGAAAAGGAACAUGAAGAAAAGCACAACUCUGAGGGUACUGAGGAAGGCAUGAACUGUAAAACGUCACUGAUUACCCUCAAUGUUGGUGGAUACCUGUACAUUACACAAAAACAAACACUAACCAAGUACCCAGACUCUUUUCUUGAAGGUGUGGUAAAUGGAAAAAUUCUCUGUCCGUUUGAUGCAGAUGGCCAUUAUUUCAUAGACAGGGAUGGACUCCUUUUCAGGCACAUUCUGAACUUCCUACGAAAUGGAGAACUUCUUCUACCAGAGGGGUUUCGAGAAAAUCAACUUUUGGCACAAGAAGCAGAUUUUUUUCAGCUUAAGAUGUUAGCUGAUGCAGUGAAAUCAAGGUGGGAGAAAGAACAGCUAGCAUCCAGAGAGACUACUUUCCUGGAAAUAACCGACAGUCACGACCGUUCACAAGGUCUUCGGAUCUUUUGCAAUGCUCCUGAUUUCAUAGCAAAAAUCAAAUCUCGCAUUGUCCUGGUGUCCAAAAGCAGGCUGGAUGGCUUUCCAGAGGAGUUUUCAAUAUCUUCAAAUAUCAUUCAAUUCAAAUACUUCAUAAAGUCAGAAAACGGUACACGACUUGUACUGAAGGAAGACAACACCUUUGUCUGCACCCUGGAAACUCUUAAGUUUGAAGCUAUAAUGAUGGCUUUAAAAUGUGGAUUUAGACUGCUGACCAGUCUGGAUUGUUCCAAGGGGUCAAUUGUUCACAGCGAUGCACUUCAUUUUAUCAAGUAAUUACUUCUAUCACCAGACAAAGGCAACAAGCAUGCAGCCAGUAAACGUCAUUAAACUACAGCAUCCAGACAUCACAAAUAAUGUAUCUAACUAGCCCUGUACCACAGAGCUCUGCUGCUAAUGAAUUAAUGUGAGCUAAUGGUAUGUAAAUUCCAUAAUGAAAUUCAUCUCUAGAUUAUUAAGGCUGAACAUGUAUCUUAUGUCAAAUUUAAUAAAAAUGAUCUGCUAAACAAUGUAAAUAUGGAUCGAAUGCUGCUGCUUUUGCAUAUAUUUUUUUCUUCAUGCUAUCUUUCACCCUGAGAAUACAGCUGAAAUGUUUUGUGUACUUGUAUGACUAACAUGCAUAUACCUUAUUGUUCAGUUAAAUAGUGGUGAAAGUAUUUUCAUAUAAUAUGCAAGCUUGAAACCAUGUUUAGCUUAUAACAAAUUUCAGACUGGAUUUUAACUGGAAUAAAACAUUGUGUGUGUUCAUCAGAGUUUCUGCAAAUAUAUUAAAAUCUGAAUUAUAUUGCAACUACAAUAAUAUAAGACUGCAAAAGACCAUAAAAGGCUUUCGAUUUUAAAAAUUAAACAUACUUCAGAGCUCGUGUACUUGAAUAAUCAAAUUUACAGCUAUAUCAUUCAUUUGCUGAAAAUCCUGAAAGAAAUGCCUCCAAUAACAAAAGCCAAAUUUUCUGCUAGUUUACUUAACUUUUUAUUAUAGGAAAUAUAUAAAUGCAUAAAGGUAUGCAAAGAAUAAGAUAUUUCAAAAGUAUAUGUUGUAAUGGUUCAUUCAAAAGGUUUUCCAUACAAUUGAAUGUAACAGGCUUUCAAUUAUGUAUUAGAUUCAAAUAUUGAAGUUGACAUUCUCCACUUGCCAUAGCUGUUCAUAAAGAGUGGCAAAUUAACAGAUCUAUGGCUUUGUAUAAUGAAUUACUAACCAGUAAGUGGAAUUUUGAAUUCUGAAUAGAUCGCCUGCUGAUAUUUAAAAAGCAUCAAUGUAAAGAGCAGAUGAAACAUUUCUCCCACUUCUCAUAUACUUAUUUAUCCAGUUCUUUCUUUCAUUUAUAAUUUUUAAGGGAACAAGAUACAUCUUCUACAGUGUAACUAGAAUUAAUACAUUUAGAAAUAAUCAUUAAAUGUCUGUCAAUAAGCAAAGUUGGAACAAAAACAAUCUUCAUGUAAGCAAGUGCAAUUCCCAUUCAUAACUUUUGAGGUCAGCAAGAGUUGUACCUGCUUAUUCAAAGUCUGAAUUUGGUCCUUUCACUCUAUCAAAUAUGCACAGUUCAACUGAAAUCAGAAGUGUGAAGAAAUUGAUGCUGUUUAUUUUUUUGAAACUGUAGUAUUAUUAAAAACUGGAGUUCUUUAUUUUAUUAGUAUAGAAAAUGACCACAGUACAGGAAAAAAAUAAGUUCCCAUACAAAAUAUGAUUCUCACUACACUAAAAUUUUAAUCAUGUUGAAGGACACAACUGUUACUGGACAAGCUGAAAGCACCAUUCUGUCUUGAAUUUUAGAUAGGACCAAGCCAAUUUUUAAUGUGGAAUGAAAAUAUACCAUGUGUCUACUCUGUAACCUGGAACUACUUCAACAAUGACUGGGAACAACUGUAUCUCUUCUUAGAGCUAAUUUGUAUAAUAGAAAAGACCAAAAUCUCAAAACAAAAACAGAGAUCCUUAAUGUCUCAAGAUGGAAUUUCCAUGUGAGGGGAAAAAAAAAAUACUGAAAUCUCUUUCUAGUUCCUCCCCAAAAGGCAAAACAUCAGCACUUCAAACCAUAUAUUAUUCUAUUCUAGGUACCACACUUAGAAAUAAUUAUGGCAUAUUGAUAGUGGUAAAGUUAUCACUUUAAAUUGAAGUAGUUUUUAAUAGAUCACUAUAUUGUCAUUUUCACAAAGUGCUUUCAAAUCAGAAUACUGUUCAAGACACUUCAUUAGCCAUUAAAUUAGUAAACAUAGCAAUAUAGAUGAUGCCUGUCUGAAGUGAAUGUGAAAAUUUACAUGCAACAAGUUUGAUACCCUACCAACUCAGAGUUACAAACACCAGAGUUACAAACUGGUCAACCACAGACCUCAUUUGGAACU